AUGUUCCGCAUGGUUCCUCAAGCUCGAGGUGGCGCAUAUAUGGCUGUCUUCAUCACUCGCACUUUUACUCGCUCUGUUCACAAAGUCAAGUUAGUAGGGCUCCACAAUCAGUUGUUCCAACCAGCUCCAGAGAUACCAAGAUUGCAUGGUCUUAGACUUCAUGAUCCCACCAUCAGAAUAGCAAAAAAUCCUGGACAUAAAGAGCCGGCAAGAGCAAUCGCUUCGGAGACUACUCGCUAUUCAAACUUGACCAAAACUCCUAAGAAUACUAAGACACCAACAAUUUUUAUGACUUCUGCCACAGCUCUAAUCACUGAAUCUCCGGCCGAGACACCCAUCCUGGGCAAAGCAACCUUUGGCGAAUUCAUCACCGCGCUUGGCGAUGCCAUCGAAUCUUUAACAUGGAUUCAUAGUGGUCGUCCUAGUAAAAGCACCAAAUUUCCUCAAAAUACCGAAAAUGCAAUAGAUGGAAGUGAAAAAGUCCUUUGA